UAUUUUAACUCGCUACUGGCGGGGUGGCACCGCAGCAGCAGGCGUACAGGAAGAAAACAUACAAACGACAACCAUGAUUAUAACUUUUAAUCAUUGCGAUCGUGUUGCCUGACAAAACAAUCAGUCAUCCUUCCUACGAGUGAACUUGUGCGCUGUGCAACAUGUCCGUCGUCACAGUUCAGCUGGGUCAGUGUGGCAACCAGGUGGGCCAGGAGUUGUUUGACAUAAUAUGCAGUGAUGCACAGGAGGGACAGAGGAAAGCAUACAGUGAGUCCAGCCGGGAGCGAUUCUUCCAUCAGUCAGCACAAGGAGAUCUUGUGGCCAGAGCAGUGCUCAUUGACAUGGAGCCGAAAGUGAUCAACCACAGCAUGACCAAGGCUGCCAUGUCUGGCAGGUGGACAUAUGGACACACCUCCCACUUCGGCCAGAAACAAGGCUCUGGAAACAACUGGGCAAAUGGGUAUUGUGUCCAUGGCCCACGCCACAGAGAGGCGAUGGAGGAGCUGGUGAGGCGUGAGGUGGAGCGCUGUGACAGACUGGCUGGGAUCAUGGCCAUGAUGAGCGUGGCAGGGGGCACAGGAUCAGGGGUGGGCACCUACGUCACCCAGUGUCUCCGAGACAUCUACCCCAACUCCUUCAUCCUCAACCACCUCACUUGGCCCUAUGGGACUGGAGAGGUGAUAGUCCAGAACUACAACUCUGUGCUGACGCUGGCUCACCUGUACCGGCUGUCUGACGCCAUCCUGGUGCACGAGAACGACACGGUGCACAAGAUCUGCAGCCAACUGCUCAACAUCAAGCACAUCUCCUUCAGCGACAUCAACAGGGUCAUCGCCCACCAGCUGGGCAGCGUCCUGCAGCCUGCGCUCACCCCCGACUCCCAUGGGGUCUACAGCCGAAAUCCUCUGGGUGAGCUGGUGAGCAGUCUGGCAUGCCACCCAGAAUACAAACUGCUGAGUGUGUGUACUAUUCCUCAAAUGGCUAGCGCCUCCAUAGCCUACAGCACAUUCAGCUGGCCUGGCCUGCUCAAACACCUACGGCAGAUGCUCAUCUCCAACACCAAGAUGGAAGAAGGUAUUGACUGGCAGGUGCGUCCACCCUCUGUCCAUCCCGCUGCUGCUGAGAGGACCAGGAGUCUUAAAGGACCUGGCUUUAACACUUCUCUGGCCAACCUGCUCAUACUGAGAGGCAAAGACGUCUACAGCACAGAGACAGAUGGCUUUCAGGACCCAGCCCUCUACACCUCCUGGCUCUCAUUAAAAGAGGCUUUCAACUUGUGGAAAUCCCCCGUGCCCUUCAAUAAGUAUGAGAAGUCGGCCACGCUGGUCAGUAACAGCCAGGCUCUGCUCAGACCCCUGGAUAACAUGGUGGGAAAAGCCUGGAAUAUGUUUGCCUCCAGAAAGACAAAGCACAAAGGUUGAUUUUUCAGUGGCAGUGUGUGAAAAGGGCCUAUGUUCAUCAGUACACUAAGUUUGGAAUCUCAGAGGAGGAUUUUCUAGAAGGCUUCACGUCUCUAGAGCAAGUCAUAUCCAGCUACGGUGAACUCGGCUAAAAAAAAAAAAAAGAGACAAGACACCUGCGAACUGUGCCUUUGGACUUGAAGUGGAUAUUGGUUAUCUUUAUGAAAAGUUUAUUUUUUAAACUAAUGAUUGUAUAUGUAAAUGAAAUAAAUUAUUAAUGGCUUGAUUUAACAUUA